UCAAUUAACAUCAGAGCCUAGUUUACUUCUGGCAAAGCCACAUCGCAACCAGUGAAAUUCACUUCAAUUCUUUUUUUUAUCAAAAUGAUUUCCCGAUCAGUUAUCCUUGCUUCAGCUAUAUUCGCUGUUUUGGCCUGCAGUGCAUUCGCUAGUCCGAGAGUUGGAGAGGCCCGUUCAACUUCAGACAUUUUAGACGCACUCACAAACUACGUUCAACGCAACGAUGUUUCAUUGGAUUUGCCAGUUGCCGAUAGCAAAAUCACCAUUUCAGCACGUAACUUGGAAAAUGAUGAAGUUGACUUCAAAGUUAAAUUCAACAAUGCUCCAGUUGAAUCGCGUAAAUCGAAAUUGAAGAAGGUCGCCAUUCCAAUUUUGACUUUCAUCCUUUUGAAAGUCAUCACACUUGUUCCAUUGGGUCUUGGCAUCUUGGGAAUUAAGGCAUUCAACGCACUUCAAUUAUCAUUCUUCUCAUUUGUCAUCUCGGUCGGUUUGGCUGUUUUCCAACUCUGCAGAAAGCUCUCUGACCAACAUCCAACCACCAUCGCUGCUCCAGAUGUUUACACCCGCAACUUUGCUCAAGAAGUAAACGAACCAGCCCAAGAUAUUGCGUACAAUGCCUACUUGUAAAUUAUGAACGUGCUUAAAUGUUAAGCAUCGAUUUGAAACCCCAACAAGAAAAUUAAACACAUAAUUUAUUGUAUUUAUUUUAAUUUAUUGAAACGAGGGCAGAAUAAAGAGAACAAUUGCAUCAAAAGCAUGAAAUGAA